ACUCUACGAACAAAGAUGGCAGAAGAAGCACCAGCAGUUGCACCGGCAAAGCCCGCGGCGAAAGCCCCGAAGAAGAAGCCUGCAGCCCGGCCAAAGAAGGACGGACCCAGCCUCCCGAAGCUGAUCAUCGCCGCUGUGGCGGAGUCCAAGGAGAAGAAAGGACUCUCAGUGUCCGCGGUGAAGAAGGCUUUGGCGGCUAAAGGCGUCGAUGUGGUGAAGUCCAACAAACGGAUCAACACCGCCGUCACUAAGCUGGUGGUUAAAGGCACUCUGACCCAAACUAAAGGUACCGGGGCGUCCGGUUCCUUCAAGCUCGCAAAGGAGGCAAAACCAGAGAAACCAGUCAAGAAGGUGGUGAAGAAGAAAGCCGCGGUGAAAGCCAAGAAGCCCGCAGCAGCCGCUAAGAAGCCCGUUGCCGCCAAGAAGAAGAAGCCGGUAGCAAAGAAACCAGUAGCGGCCAAGAAAUCACCCAAGAAGGCUCCAGCUAAGAAAGCUGUUGCUGCCAAGAAAGUGGUGAAGAAGACUCCCGUGAAGAAAACCCCAGUGAAGAAGGUGGUGAAGGCGGUGAAGAAGACCCCCGUGAAGAAAGCUCCGGCAAAGAAGGCGGCAGCAGCCAAGAAAUCAAAGAAGUGA